UGCCGACGAAAAGGCUGCCCAAUCGAUGCGCAGCAUGCACGGUCGCAUCGAUUAAACAUCGCUCCCGUUGCGACGAUGGACGCCGUCCAGCUCUACCGGGCAGGCAAGUACGCAGAGGCUGCGGCCGCAUGGAGCGAACUCGCACAGACUGCAGACGACGCCGCGAGCCACCUGACGAAUGCCGCAACCUGCAAGAUGGAACUCGGUCUAUACCGAGGCGCUUUGAAGCAGGCCGAAAGCGCCGUCGCGCGCGCGCCGCACCACCUCCGCGCGCACGUCGUCAAGGGCCGCGCGCUCGCCGCUCUGAAGAAGCCCGCGAAAGCCCAGAAUGCAUGGAGGGCCGGCGUCGACGCCGCGACGGCCGGCUCCGACGUCGUCGUGUUGCGGGAGCUCGAGCAGUUACUGACCGACGAUGCACCGCCGCCACCGAAGCCGUCGGUCGCGCGGGGCCCGCGCAGCCCGCAGGCCGACCUGGCCAUGGUCGUCGCCGCGGCGCCCGUCCGCGAAACCAGCAAGGAGGCCGAGCGCUGGGUUGAUAAGGGCGUGCCUCAAGACGUACUGGCGCAAGCGCGCGGCGCCGUCGAGCACCGUACCGGUCAAGAUGAUGUCGACGACGCCAUCGCGACGGGCUAUCUACUGGUGAACACGAAUCGACUGGACCAGGCCAUCGCCGCCUUCGACGACCUUCUAUCGAAGCACCCGCGGCUCGUCGCCGCUCGGUUAGGAAGGGGGUCGGCGCGUGCGCUGCAGGACGACUUACAAGGGGCGCUCGAGGACUUUGACGUGGCCGUGGAAGUAGCACCGCACGUCACGGACUGCUUGAAGCGGAGAGGACAAUCAUUGGCGGCCCUCGGGAGGUUAGACGACGCGCUGCGAGACUUGAACGCGGCCGUAACCCUAGAAGAGAAAAGUUCUUCGAGUGAGUUCGACGCGGACCUCUACCACCAGCGCGGCGCCGUGCAACACCGGCUCCAGGACUACAGGACCGCGGCGCGGGACUUCGCUCUAGCUCUCGAAAAGGAUGAAGAGGGAUCGCAGCGGCCUCGGCAAGAAGCAGCGAGAACCUGGAACAUGUUAGGAUUGUGCGAGGCGCAGCUCGGGCUCGUCGCCCACGAGUCCUUCGUGAAGAGCCUCGAGCUAGAUGCGACAUCUCGAGAAACGUGGCUCAACCUUGGGCAAGCUGCAAGGGACCGCGGCGACGCGGACGCGGCGAAACGGGCCUUUAUGAGAUGCAUCGCGACGGACCCGGCGUUCUGUCGCGGGCACCACGCCCUCGGUUUGCUCAUGUACGGGACUGGCGAUUUCCUGAAGGCGACGGCAUCCUUCAAAAGGUGCGUGGCGCUUGCACAGAAGGAAGACGCCGACGCGGCCGUGGGAGCCCUGUACUACGCCGGGCUCUGCUGGAGCGCGCUCGGUGUGUUUGAGAAGGCCGAGGAGUACUUUGUGCGGGCGCUGGCGCGCGACCCCGGGCACGUCUGCUGGUACGCGCGGCAGCUGGGGCGCUUCUACGGCGCGGCGUUAGACAAUGCGACGGCCGACGCGGAGAAGGACAUCCUCGGCGUGUUCAAGGAGGGCCACUGCAAGCGCCACGCCAUCGCGCUCGUCGCGUCCGCGGCGCCGCGAAAGGGCAAGUGCCGUCCGUCCGUGGCCGCGAAAGACGUCAAGGCCGCGACCAGGAAGUGGGUCAACGCGGCCGCACCGUACGAGGGCCUCGUCCAAUUAGAGAACUGCCCCGGCUUCCUUCCCAAUACAAGGCACCACCGCAUGUUCGGUUUCAUGGUGUUACACGCGGCAUACGUCGCGCGGCGCGCGUUUGCUGGAAACGCCGUGAACUGGCGCGAAGUCUAUGAGGUUGUGGUGCGGUGGCGCCGCGAGGCGGAGCCGGGCGACGCCGUCUGGUGGAUCGACGGGCUCCCCGAGAAGGCCUUUGCCGAGGGUUUUGGAUUGCAUACGCCGAUGCAGAGCGGUCAGCUAAAGGUCGUGCGGUACGCCAAGUACAUUCCCGAUGCGUUGGAGGUCGUCAAGGAGACGCUGCGACGGAACGUGCCUCCUGGCGAAGAUGAUUUCGUGGAGCGGAUCAAUGAAGCUAUAACACUAGCCGAGGUCCACGAGCUAUGCGGCAAGCGCGACUUCUGGUGCACGGCGCCCUGCGCUUCCGAAAAAACGGGCGAAGAUUUAGGAGGUACACGUAUUACGUUGCAAGCUACGAAACAUGGGGGCUUCGACUUUUCGAUCCGGACGCCCGGCACGCCGAAACGAUGGAAGCUCUAUGAUCGCGAACUGCAGUACCACUGGGAGAAGUUAAUCGAAGAAGUCCACGACAAAGAUAGAGUAAGGGAGCGGGCCGCGAUGAUGUUCUACUACUGGUGCGCCUUCGGGCCCCUGUCUCGCGGCUCGGCCUGCUGCGGCUACGCCGUGCUCUUCGGCAUCUUGCUGGCGGCUGACUGCGGAGUGCCCUCUUCACUCCCUUCGGAACGCCAAAUCGACUGGGAGGCCAUCCUCGCGCCGGAUGCAUCGACCUUCGUCGCCGGCGUCCGGCCGUGGCUCGCGGAUUCGGUGGAGGCGGCGCUGCCCGACCUCCCGCCGCCGGACGAGGCUUUUUCUACGCUCCGGGACCGGUUGGGGGCGCUGCUGUAA